ACAUAAACGCACAUACCCACAUAGGUGCACUGACCACAGAACCUCAAACAUUUCACUGUUUUACUUUAAAAGACUCUUCUUUCACACAACUAUUCAGUAACAAAAGCGGAAGAAUUAAUCAUCUUAAGCGAACUGCAUUGUUUCGCAGCCACUCUGGUGUUAUGACAUCGGCAAAUCUUACAUGUGGCGCUGUUAAAUCUGCAAUAUAGACACAAGGAGAUAUAACAAAGACAUCAGUAACGAAAUCCUUAAAACAUUUUGAAUACUCCCCACAUCAUUAGUGUGGUCACUAUUAAAUGUCAAAUCGUCAAAAACCAAUUUGUAUGUAUACAUAUAUCCAGUGAUCUAUCUAGUAAUAUCUAGUAAUAACUGGUAGGGACAAAUAGACUUAAUUUCCCUUUUUAUAGUAUCACCUAACAGACAAGUAAUCUGAAUAUCCGGUCUAGGCCGCGUUUACGUCAGAAAAAUAAAUAUAGUAACAUGGACUUAACGGAUUAUCAUCAACGUCCACUCUCAGUUUCUAUAUUGAUGCUUACAUUCAGUUUUGUUUUACCUUCAGGACUGGGUAAAAGAUGUUAUGUGUGCUACAGCGGCGAACAGCAGACAUCAAAAAGUUAUUGUCCGCCACAAAGUAUUACGGCUCCGUAUCUCACCAAUUCUGAAGCUUGCUAUGGCAGUUGUUUCGUUCGGGUAACAAAGCAAAAUCCGAACGUUAUAUUUCGUGGCUGCACCGACUUACAUCCUGACCUACCACCUCAUUUACCACUCAAAAGUUGUCGCAGCUAUUCAAACGAACAAUGGUGCUUCUGUGAUACAAACCUCUGCAACAGAGCUUCGAUGGAUGAGCUAAGAAAUCCUCCUACUGAGGAGGAGGAAGAAAUAAUUCCGAAAAGAACGGAAGAAAGUAAAGUGCUGCCGUUUCCAAAUAACAAAGCCAAUGAACCAACAGAGAGAAACAAUUACAUAACCCGAACUACACAUCCAGUAAAACCCCAAUGGUUUUUGAAACGAGUACCAUCACAACUAAAAGAUCACAAAAACCUUUCAGGUGGUCCAGAAGCAUAUUUGAACAUUCCCAUAUCAAACAGUAGCUCCAGUACUUUUGUAGUGAAUAAGAUCGCUUGGGAAUCUGAAAGAACGACUAGAGGCAUAAACGGUUCGGAAUCUUGCACAGAAUCGAUGUCUCGUCAAUGUUUACCUUCGCUAUUAUUAGUUUAUGUCACAUUGAUGGUAUCUCUCUGUGUGAGACUUCAGUUAUUUAAAAACUACUAAUUUAAAAUCAGUCUAAUCUUUAACCCAAGCAGUUGUUAAUUGUAAAAAGGGGCUUUUUCUAAUUCAUUUUUUUUUCCUUUCGUGUAGUGAGAAUGGGGUAAGUUGUUUCUAGUGUACUUUUCGCUCGCUUUUAGACAGUGUGUGUGUGUGUGUGUGUGUGUGUGUGUGUGUGUGUGCGUGUGCGUGUGUGUGUGGUAGAACCUGCUCGGCUGCAAAGCUGGACUAAUUUGAAAAUUUUACGCUCACUCAUGUAUACCACUUAACCAGUUUCACACAUUACUAAUGGAACUAAACUGAUUACCAGUAACAUUAUUCCAGUUGCUGAGGUUGAAGUUGAAGUCAUAACGAAUAUUUAGCCCAGUAAGAGUAUUUUAACUCAGCACCGAAAACUGACAAAAUAUUGGUUUCUUGCGACUAGACUAAAAUGCCUUAUACAUUAACAGUGGAAAUGAAGUGUAAUUGCUUCAAUCAAGAAUCGAAACUGGCUUCUCAGUCUCGGCACAUCAAGAUCUUAUCUGUUGCCUUCUGGAGCUCAACCAAUUCUAAGACAAACUGAUUUCUGAUUUAAGCAAUAAAUAUUUUGAGUAGAAUAAAAUUGUGUCUCUUCAUGCCUUUCUCGACUGUGGUAAUAACGUAAGUGGUGUAGCCUUG